AGAACAACACACACGCACGCGCACACAUGUCGUCAUCCACAGAUGCGGGUACUGCGACGCCCUCACCCUCACUGCCAGGCUACGAUGUGAUCUACGAAAACGACGAGGUGCUUGUGGUCAACAAGCCUGCUGACGUCCCGAUGGAUGGCGACCUUCGCGUUUACGGACGCACAGUGGAGUCGAUGGUCCACGCGCACAUGAAGGAGCGCGGGCUCUACGACGAGGCGCAUGAGCGGCUCCGCCAAGACGGCAAGCGCAAAAAGCAGCUGAAGUUCGUGCAUCAACUGGACUACAGCACGAGCGGCGUACUGUGCCUCGCGUUUACGAAGGAUAUGGCGGCCCGCCUCGCACACUGCUUUGAAAUGCGCACCACACGCAAGUAUUACGUGGCGCUGCUGCACGGACACAUGCCCAACGACGCCAUCAAGCAAACAAUAAGUGAAGAGAAUCUCUCGAGAAGGGAAAGUGCGAACCAAUGCCACAACCACACAGGCCUCUUUCGAGCGUGGGUCGAUCAAUGGCAAGCAGUGUGGCAGGACCUCGGCUCCGUGCGCGCAGACGCGUGUGCAGACUUUUCGGCAGAACGCAAUAAACAGGCGCUGGACGAAUUUCGCUCUCUUCUCCGCCACUCUCCUUCAGCAGCGGGGGUCGAUGGGGCUGCUGCUGUUGCUGCUACGUACGGUGGAGCAGAACCCCCCACCGUCCAUCGCCAUCGCGCGACUGCACCUAUUCACAACACCUCGCCGCGCGCUGCCGCCCUUCACGAUGACCUCGUGCACCAGCUCCUCGCGGAUGCGGCGGCGGCGGCGGCGUCGCUGUGCAGCCUCACCGUCGACCUCCCCGUCGGAUACGAUGUCACCGAUCCGGCCCAUUUUCGGAUGGCGGUAGCAGCGGAGCAGAGUCGCCCUGCUAGCUCGUCGUUGCUAGUGUUGAAGCGGACAUACAUGGAAACCCGUGCCGCCAACGAGCGCGUGCCUGUAACGCUCGUUCUGCUGUCGCCUCACACGGGACGGCGUCAUCAGCUGCGCGUGCACUGCCGCGCCCUUGGGUUUCCGAUUGUAGGGGACAGUGCCUACUGCGCUGAUUUACCGUGGUGCCGGUCCAUCACACCGGAAGCGGUGCCCUCGAAGUGGUCGCGGAUGGCCGCGUCACGCAUGUAUUUGCAUGCAUGGCGACUUGUACUCCCAGGCUCCGUUGCGUCGCACGUGAGUGAAAGCGAGCGUGUCGCGCUGAAGAAGAAGCGGCGGCGGGAAACGCUGGGCGUGUCGGAGCGAGACGACGCUGCCGUCGCGGCGCAGCGGGAUGAGUGGACGGAGUUUGUGGCGCCGUUGUGUUUUCCAGACGUGGUGAUGGAUGACUGA